CCGGCCGUCUGGCAUGAUGCAGAAGAAUUCCGACCAGAACGCUGGUUAGAGCAACCCGACGCGCCACUCUUCACCUACGGUCUGGGAUACCGCAUGUGUGCUGGCUCGCUGCUGGCGAACCGCGAGUUGUACCUCGUCUUCUUGCGGGUACUAAACAGCUUCGAGCUUGUCCAGGAUUCCGAGGUUGAUGUACAUCCAGUGCGAGGCAGCUCUGAUCCAACGAGCUUGGUGACCAUGUGUAGACACUACAAGGUCAUCUUCAAGCCUAGGAAUGAAAAGGCACUGCGUGAGGCAUUAAAAGCGGCGGACGAGCGAUUGGCGGAGCAUGAGAAGGUGUGA